AUGAAGAAGCCUGUCAGUGCGCCGAGACGGGGAGAUCAGCCGUUAGCCGCAGCGUCAUCUGCGCCAAAAAGCAAGGAAGACAAAGCGCUGCUUGAAGAAAUAGUGGCACUAGGAGGCGACGAGCAAGACUUCGCCCUGCUUGCAGACCUUGACUCUGCAUCCGAGGACGAGGCGGCGGAGUCAUCAGCACUCCCGAUAGAUGACAAAGCACUUAAAGCGCUUGCCUCAGAUAUCAAGCAAUUUCUCAAGAGCAAUGCUCUCAAGGCAGAGCCCGUGCCAGACAUUGAAGCCUCGAGUACUUCUGCCAGUAGCGAGGACGAAGCCGCGCCGGAACCUGCAGUCAGCUCUGUCAAAACAAUCAAGCAAUCGCUUGAGAAAGGCAAGGGUAAGGCGCUACCCGAGCCUGCUCCCGUCGCUACCGCAAACUCAGGCUGGCUGGUAGACCCAAACCCGAGCUGGCACACGCUCGAGUUAGACGCUCUGCCUGCGCCAAGUACGAGCAACGGGCAUACAGACUCUGCAGAUGUCAAGCAAGCCCUACAAGCUCGAAGCGAAGUAUUGCUCGUCGAAGCAUCUCAGCAAUACAGCGACGCGCUCCUGCCCGAUUCCUCUGCCUCCAACCAUUAUGGCAAGACGGCCAAAUCGACUCUACGAACAGCCCGACAGAUCCCACUGAGCAACUCAGACAAGGCGUUUGUGUCGUCCAUACUCGAGUCGGGCACUUCAGCAGACAGGUUAUCCGCUUUACUCCUUCUUGCACAAUCUAGUCCCAUGCACUGCACACGCUACCUGCAGCAGAUCCUUGCACAAUGCCGCAAGAAGAGCAGGAGCGAAGCCGCGAAAGCGACUAGGCUCGUCAUUGAAUGGUGCACCAAAGCAUCGCCAUCCUGCCUUCUGCCGACAGAUCGCAAGCUGCGUUUGUUUGUCGACCAGCCAGGUCUGACGGCUCUCAUCGCGCUGUCGCACGACAAGACCGCCGGCAAGCAUCAGCGAAAGCUUAUAGAGCAAUAUCUACUGCUAUGGGCGUUCGAAGAUUGGCUCAAAAAGUGGUUCUUCGAGCUGCUGCAAGUCGCAGAAUCGUUCUCGAGUGAUCCUCUGCCUUUUGUCCGAGGUCAAGCGCUCGCUCACUUUGCUGCUUUGCUUGCUGCAACUCCCGAGCAAGAACAGAAUCUGCUCCGACUGCUCGUCAACAAGCUGGGGGACAACGACCGAGCGAUAGCUUCAAAGACAUCUCAUCUCAUACUGCAAACGCUCCAGACUCAUCCCAUGAUGAAAGCCGUCGUUGUGCGAGAGGUAGCAGAGAUAGUACUAAGGCCGAUGCCACAAAGUGCAAAGGACAAAGGUCCCCAACGGGGUGGGCAGCACAGGCGAUACUACGGCAUGAUCACACUCAACCAGAUCAUGCAUACUCGCAACGAGCAAGGUCAGCAAGUAGCAGACAAGGUACUCGAAGUAUGCUUCGAUGUCUUCCACGAGCUCGUUGGCGAUACGGCCGAAGAGGCAGCUCUGCCUGACAAGAAAGACAAAAAGCGAAAGAAAGGCCGCAAAACUUCAAACGUCCGUCCUGCUGAGGACACAGACGGCAAGAUGAUGGCUGCUGUUCUUACUGGUGUCAAUCGCGCUUUUCCUUACGCCUCAUCCGACAUGACGAUGCUCCAGUCUCGAUUGGAUCUGCUUUUCCGUAUUUGUCACAGUGGCAACGUCAACGUCUCCGUGCAGGCCAUGUCGCUUUUGAAUCAGAUUGCGAAGAGGAAUGAGACUAUCAGCGAUCGCUACUACAAAACUAUCUACAAUUCGCUCCUUGACCCCCGUCUCGUCAACACGACAAAACACGCAAUGUAUCUCAAUCUGCUCUUCAAGGCUAUGAAAGCGGAUGCAGUACCAGCGAGGGUACAAGCCUUCGUCAAACGUCUUGUGCAAGUGCUGUCGCUACACCAACCUCCCUUCGUCUGCGGAGCCCUGUAUUUGCUCGCAAAGCUCAUGCAAGUCACACCUUCGCUGCGGAGCAUGCUCACUGUUCCCGAAGAUGCGGACGCAAUCAUCGAAGCCGUCAAUGAGGGGGAGGAAGGCGCUCCUCAAACCGGAUAUGACGGCACAAAGCGAGAGCCUCGCUACGCACGAGCGCAAUCAUCAUGUCUCUGGGAUAUCCUCUAUCUGACGAAGCAUUACCAUCCGGCAGUCGCGCAGAUAGCAAGCUCAGUUCUCGAGGGCGAGGAAGUGCAGAUAUCUGGCGAACUCGAAAGCUAUACGAUUGUCCACUUCCUCGAUCAGCUGGCGUAUCGCGCUCCGAAGCAAAUCAGCAAGGCUAAAGGUGCUUCAGUCAUGCAGCCCGCUUCUGCAGAUCGCGAUGGAUUGUCUGUCUCGAACCGCAAAGGAUUAGGCCAGAAUGCUACCGUCAAUUCUGCCUCUUUCGUACGGCAAAAGGCAGACGAUGUCCCCGCUCAGGAGCGCUUCUUGCACACAUACUUCCGUCAGCGCGGCGUCAAGAACAAACAGGCAGACGAGGCUGCAUCUGAGGCAGGUAGUCUCGGCUCCGUCUCAUCUUUCGAAGAAGAUCUCAGUGAUGUCGAUCUCGACGAAGUGCCGAAUCUGGACCUGAGCGAAUCUGACGCCCAAUCCGAAGAAGGACAGGAAGGCGGCGAAGAGAGCGAACUGGAUGAAGAGGAAGUCUGGGCUGCAAUGCAGGCGACUAUGCCGCCCCUCGAUGAGCAGUCCUCCGACGCAGGCGAGGCUAGUACAAGUAUGAUCGACACGAGUGAUGUCGAUAGCAAAGCACUCAAGGGAGACGACGCGCUGCGGAUCGACAGUGACUUUGACGACGAGCUUGUCCUGAGCGAAGAUGCGCUGGAGUCCAGCGAAGAAGAGAAUGAUCUGGUGCGCGAUGAUGGCGAAGAGAGCGAUGAAGAGGGAGCUGCCUUGCUGGAAGACGAGGAGGAUGCUGUGCUGAGCAGCGAAGAGGAAGAAGCAGCACCGGAAGAGCCAGCUCGCAAGCGAAAGAAACGCAAGGCAGAUGUACCCACGUUUGCCGACGCAAGCGCUUACGCUCAUUUGCUCGGUCAAGACGAGAAGGAGGACGAGUAA